AUGUGUAUUAGUUUGUGUAUUCAUAACUUAAGACCUUAUUUCCAGUUAAUGAAAUAUUUGUUCGGCAACAAAGAAUUUUUACCAAACAAUUGGAUUUCACAAAUAUUGGCUAGAUUUGUUUGUGGCAUGGCGUAUACCAAUGUAUUUUGUGAUAAUUUUCUUUUCCUUAUCGUUGGACCAGAUAGCAAUCAGCUCAAUAAGACCCGUACAGCUGUUUAUCUCAGCCAUACGCCCGCUGGAACGUCAGCUCAAAAUCUUUUCCACUGGAUUCAAAUGGUUUACAGUGGACAAAUACAAGCUUAUGAUUUCGGAACAGUUGCUGAAAAUAUGCUUCAUUAUGGACAAAAGUCUCCACCUUUUUACAAUAUGGCACAAGUAAAUAGCUCUCUUUAUUUACUUUGGAGUAGCAACGAUUGGCUUGCGGAUGAAAUCGACAUUAAGAGGUUCCCAGGUUUCCGCAACCAAAGAGGUUAUCCGUGCGAUGGUUUCCAACAUUGCCAUCAAUACUUUACAGUCUUAUAUACACGAAUAAAAUUUCUGGAUAAGGAGUCUAAAGAAGUUAAGGAAGUUUUUCAAGAAAUGCUUACAUUUAAGGAGAGUAUUUCUGAAACAGAACAAUGUAUGUGA